CCCGCCGCCCGCCAAUACAAGUAUCAGACGAACUGUGUUACUGGACGAGUGGAACGCAGCUGACCAGAUCUUACAUCAUUUCUUCGUGUACAGCGCCCACUGCAACAAUGACUGAAAUAAGGAAGGACCUACCAAAACACCAUGUUUAAUAGUUUUGGGGAAUCCAGACUGUAUGCAAGCAGACACAUGCUGUCUAUUGAUGGUGUUAUUUUCAACGAGGACAUUGCCACAUUUGCUGCUGGUCUUGCUAUGCUGUUUGCAAGCUACUACAACUUGAACAUCAUGUACCCUGCAGAAUGUGCAUCUACACUGAAAUUCAUUCAAAGGUGUUUUGUCCGCAUCAACCCUGACAGGUGUAGCAAAGUGGAGAUUAAGAAUUCCAAGAGGUAUUCUCAAAUUCAUCCCAAAGUUCUGAGUUUGAUUAAUGCCCUUGCUGAUGUGGAUUGGAGGAGUUAAGGCCACAAAAGUGUGGUUGUAUGGUUCUGAAGGUUUUGUUUAAUUUUUUGGUUGUGAUUAUUAUUUCAGUUAUGAAAUUUAAAGGAAUAUUUUGAAAGCUGUUCUUAGAAAUUUUUGUCUCAUGGAAGUUACUCUUUUUAAUUUCAUGUGUUGACGAGAUUAAUUUCUUUUCAAAAUCUUCAUAAAGAAAUACUAGAAGUUUCUCAGCAGUUGAUGUCAUGGAGGUUUAGCGUUUCAAAACGUCAUAUUUUUGCACAUUCACCACAUGUAAUAUGGAGCAUUUUGUACUUUUAUAUAAUCUGUGAUGUUAACAUUUCAUUCUCAGGAAAGAUCUGAUCAGUUUCCACAUAAGUGGAUUUUUAAUAGUUGCCGUCAUGGGAGAAAUCUCAGCAAAAUGGCUUUUGUACCUUAAAAAUAAAAUAUUACUUAUCAGUUGCCUUGUAUUAUUGUUACUUUAGAAGAGGAGGUUUUUGCAGGAUUUAAUGAUGUUACAUUGUUAUAUUUUUGUACAGUAUUUUACUUGAAUUUCUUAAAAAACUGGCCAGCAAUAAUAUUCAUAAGGAUAUUCUAAUACUUUUAUAGAGUUGUUUACAGGUUUAUAUAUGUAACUACAGCAAUUAUUGCUGACCAAUUCCUAAGAAGAGAAUUGGGUGAAAUCCUGUAUGAAAAUACUGGAAUACAGUAAUU